AUCCAGCUAAGGGAGCUACAGCUACAUGUAUAUGCACACAGAUACAGAGUCUGCAUUAGCUGAAGUCCCAGUGUGAACAUAGUGAUCCACAGACACAAUGACCCUCAGGUUUCCCGAGAGGAGAGGGUGACAGAUUGGGAUCGCACAGCCAAAGCCCAGGAAGUCAGCGGCGUCUGACUGAAGCUUGUGGAACAAUCCUCAGCCAAGAACCCCCGUCUCCGGGGCUCACGAGGACGCCUCAUAAGCACAGCCCAUUCUUCAAUCCGCCGCACAGCGUGGAGGCCGAGGCCCAGCUCCGUGGAGGGCACCCGCAGGAGCGGCCGAAGGGGAAACGGGACACGGUUUCAACACACAAAGCACAGCAUGGUGACAGAGGCUGAAGGGGGCCACGCAUCUGCGCGUGCGCCCGCGUGGAGGGGAGUUUAGGCGCCGCAGGGAGAGCCCUCUGCUCCCGCCGCGUGACCUCCGUGUGACCUCCGCCUGCCCGGAUGCAGAACAUCCUUGAUCAGAACUUAGACAUGGCCACAGCCCUGCUUGCCGGCGAGAAGCUGAAGGAGCUCAUCCUGCCGGGCUCCUCUCAGGACGAGAAGGGCGGAGCGCUGGCCGGACUCAUGGUGCAGCUCAAGCUGGAGCUGCCCUUCGAUCGCGUCGUCACUAUAGGCACGGUCAUCAUCCCCAUCCUGCUGGUGACGCUUGUCUUCACCCGGAACUUUGCAGAGGAGUCCAUCUACUGUUACACACCGCACAACUUCACCAGAGACCAGGCGCUGUACGCACGGGGCUACUGCUGGACGGAGCUGCGUGACGCCGUGCCCGGGGCGGAGCCGCACCUCUGGCCCUCGCUGUUGGAGCACAAGUUCCUGCCCUACGCCCUGCUGGCCUUCGCCGGCAUCAUGUACAUUCCGGCUUUGGGCUGGGAGUUCCUCGCCUCCACGCGGCUCACCUCGGAGCUCAAUUUUCUCCUCCAGGAGAUUGAUAACUGCUAUCACCGGGCUGCCGAGGGCCGGGCCCCGAAGAUUGAGAAGCAGAUCCAAUCCAAAGGGCCCGGCAUCACCGAGCGAGAGAGGAGGGAGAUUAUAGAGAACGCCGAGAAGGAGAAGAGCCCCGAGCAGAACCUGUUUGAGAAAUACUUGGAGAGACGGGGCCAGAGUAACUUUCUGGCUAAACUGUACCUGGCACGCCACCUGGCUAUCAUCUGCCUCAGCUCCAUUCCCAUUUCCUACCUGAGCGCCUACUACGCCCAUCAGAGGCAGAAUGAGUUCACCUGUGCACUGGGGGAGCCCCCAGACAUCAGCAGCUAUUCAGAGCUGAAGCUCAGGGUGAACUGUAAGCUGCCCGCGGUGCAGCUGCAGCGCAUCAUGGCAGCGGUGGACAUCGCUCUGCUCUGCACCAUGAACCUCAUCAUUCUGCUCAACCUGCUGCACUUGUUCGUGGUUCGAAAGUCCAACUUUGUGUUCGACAAGCUGCACAAGGUCGGCAUCAAAACGCGGCGGCGCUGGCAGAAGUCCCAGUUUUGUGACAUCAACAUCUUGGCCAUGUUCUGCAACGAGAACAGGGACCACAUCAAGUCGCUCAACCGCCUGGACUUCAUCACCAAUGAGAGCGACCUCAUGUACGACAACGUGGUCAGGCAGCUGCUGGCCGCUCUGGCGCAGUCCAACCACGACGCAACACCCACUGUGAGGGAGUCUGGCAUCCAGACCAUCGAUCCCAAUAUGGACCCCUCUGACCUGGGAGUGGGAGUGAUGGGCAGCGAGCCACUGGUAAUCAAACGGCCACGCAAGAAGAUUAAAUGGAUCCCAAGUUCAAAUCCUCUUCCUCAGUCUUUUAAGGAACCUCUGACCUUGACACGACUGGAAAACAACACCAAGCCUGAAAAACCCAAACCACUCAGACGAAAGACUGUGGCAGACGGCUUCAUCCCUCCACUGCUGGACAGUAAGGGCACACAGUAUCCAGCAACAAAAGAUCUCAGCGGGAUGGAGAAAAAGCACAAUCGCAACUUCUCUCUAGAUGUCCACCCGUACAUGCUGACCAUCCGGAAACCCAAGGUGGAGGCUACGAUUGCGGAGCCGCUUCCGUCAGAGCACAGCAUAGACACGGUGUUCCUGGAGGGCACGCACACUAUUGUUCACGUGUCUGGUGCCAUUACAGAAACUAAGGUUUGCUCUCAAGAGUCGACCGCCACUGCCUUUUCUACAGUGGCGCUGCCCACGACGACGUACGUAAACGGCGUGAGCCCGAACCCGCCAUCCAGCGAGGACGCCCUCAGCCCCAAGUGCUCCCCUCCUCCAGAGGAGCCGCUCACCCAGGCAGAGAGCAUCGAGUCUCAGCCGCCACCCCUGACCAGAGCCCCCACACACCAGCUGCUGAGUAUACACCACACUCUGUUUGAGCAGGAGGAGGAUAAGGAGAAUCUCAGAGACAGGCUGCCGGAGAGACCCGGGGAGCUCAUCGCCGCCGGGGAAUGUUGAAGAAGGGGGAAACCGGGACUGGGAUUCCUCCCUCUUUCUCUCUACUUGACGCACAUGACCACUGUGUCAAUCACCUCCUAUCAACAGCAACCUCUAGUCUACUACAAACCUACUCACACACUGUGACGGGCUGACUGAUGGAUUCAGCUGAGAAAUGUGGUACUAAUAAAAAAAAUUAAAUAAAAUCUUUUAAAUCUUUUGCUCGGACAGGAAAAAUACAGAAAUGUGUGUGUUUGGUGGCGUCGAUCAGAGUAUUACUGUAGGAAAUGAUGUCACACUCAUGUCUCAGGAUGACUGUGUAGAGUAAGUCACCCUCUAAUGAAAACCAGCAGUGAUAUAACUCAACAGGGUGCUACAGUGCAGGGUCAAACAGCUAUUUAUAGACAUUUAGAGAGUCGACGAGAUGUGUGAGCUUUAAAAAUGACAUCAAUCUUAGAGAUGCAUAUUUGCAAAAAGCACUGUAUUGUGACUUAAAUGUAUUUUAAACACGUGUAAUAGCGCUUAGUCCCUUUAUUCCAAUAGCCAAGUAGAAGGGUAGCUCACAUAAUACAGUUGUUGAGAUCAGCACAAUUAUUAUGCAAAAGAUCACAAUAAAUUUGUGGCAAUAAUAUACGCGCUUAUGGCAUCAUAUUUCACAGGAAGCUAUAGAUAUAUAGACACGGUUUAGGACUUGGUGUUUGUGGGGUAUAACUUAAAGUGUGGCUUUAUCAUCAACCGUCACCACGGUUUAGGAAAGUGCGUUAGAUCUCGCCUCCAUGUCUUUGCAUGUCCACAGUAAUAGGUAAAUUGGCAUAUUUGAGGAGGAGGAGCUGCACGCUUUACCAUGAAAGUGUGGUUCUGUUGUAGAAAAAACAGAAAUCCUUAGAAAUCAUCAAAAAGGCAGCUCUGAGGGUGCUGUUAAUUGUGGCCCACACGCAAUGAAUAAAGCUGCACUCCAGCUACA